UUAUAAAUAUUCAUUGGAUACGUUCUAAGACGUACACAAUAAAAGAAAACAAACACACACACAAGAUGUCUGCUGGAAAAGAAAUAGCAGCGGCUAUGGUGAUGAUGAGUCUGAGCUUCAAAGUGAUGCUCACAUUGGCAUCGGUGUAUUAUUUUCCUUCGGAAUAUUGGGGAGACGAUAUAUUUUAUGAAAGCGAGACGGCCAAGAGGUACAAGGAAGAAGGGAUAUCUAUGGUUCCAAAGGGUUGUCCAGAUAAGUGCGGCGAGGUUAGUAUCUACUAUCCCUUCGGAAUUGGACCUGACAAAAGUUGCUAUUUGAACGAAUGGUUCCACAUAAAUUGCACCAAAUCCUCCAAUGGUGCUGAGAGAGCUUUCUUGAUGAGCUCCUUUUCUGGUGACAGGGAGGGCGUACGGCGAGAGAUUCUUUACAUUUCCAUUUUCUCAGAAAUAAUUGUAAUCAAAGAGCCAAUCUCUACUUCCGCCUGUCAAACCACCGGCUCCGGUAACGGAAGCAAUAAUGCCUCCAUAAAUAAUGGAAACACAAAACUAUCCCAAACCCCAUUCUUUUACUCUGCCAGAUACAACACGUUCUUGAUUUUUGGUUGUGGUGGCGCUUCCCUCAGCAAGCCUGGUGAAGAGUUCAAACAACUCGGUUGCACUUUGAAUUGCAGCAGAAAAACCACCCUACUAAAAACUGUAGGUGAUUGCAAAGGCAUAAACUGUUGCCAGCUCCCCAUUGAUGAAGAUGUACAAACAUACCAUGUCAACUUCACAAGAACAGAAUCAUCAGCCGUCAAGGAGGCCGCCUGCAACUAUGCCUUCUUUUUUGGUGGUUCUACUUUACCAUACAGCCUUCAAAGGUUUCCAAGCAGGCAGCAGGAAGAGGUGGUUGUCCCGGUCGUUUGGAGGUGGAACAUCACAAAACACGACUUGCUCUACUUGGCUCCUUCCUUCAUAGACGACCACUGCGGUACAAAUUAUGAUGGUUAUUAUAUGUGUGAUUGCCGAUAUCCAGAAGGAGGGAACGCUUACUUACCACACGGAUGCAAAAAAAUAUAUGGCCCGAAGAUUAGCCUUAAGAAACUAUCUGCUAUUAUCGGUGUUAGUGCAAGUUUUGGAUUUGUGUUGUUAAUAUGGACUUGUGUCGUCCUCUAUAAAGCCAUCAAGAAGAGAAAGAUGAAGAAAUUGAGGCAGAAGUUCUUCAAGCGUAAUGGAGGUCUCCUAUUACAGCAACAACUCUUAGCAAAAGAAGGGACAGUAGAGAAGACAAAGAUUUUUACAGCAAGUGAGUUGGAUAAAGCCACAGAUCACUUCAAUGUGGAUAGAAUAGUAGGCCGAGGUGGGCAAGGCACAGUGUACAAAGGAAUGUUAAUUGAUGGGCAAAUCGUUGCAGUUAAGAAAUCUCAAGCAGUGGACGAGGACCAACUGGAGCCAUUUAUCAAUGAGGUUGUCAUUCUUUCCCAAAUCAAUCAUAGAAAUGUUGUGAAACUCAUGGGGUGUUGUUUGGAGACAGAAGUUCCCAUUUUAGUUUAUGAAUUUAUACCAAAUGGAACACUUUUCGGCCUUAUCCAUAACAAUUUUGAGGAUGAACUCAUUCCUCUUUCAUGGAAUAUUCGUCUCAGAAUUGCAUCGGAGGUGGCUUGUGCAUUAGCUUAUCUCCACUCCGCAACAUCAGUUCCCAUCUACCACAGAGACAUCAAGUCGGGUAACAUUCUUCUGGACGAGAAAUUUCGAGCUAAAGUUUCAGAUUUUGGAACCUCAAGGUCUAUUUCAAUUGACAAAACUCACUUGACUACCAUGGUGAAGGGGACAUUUGGGUAUUUAGACCCUGAGUAUUUUCAAUCUAGCCAGUUCACAGAAAAAAGUGACGUUUACAGUUUCGGAGUUGUCCUUGCUGAGCUCUUGACGGGACAAAAGCCAAUUUCAUUUGACCUUGAUGAUGAUGAGAAUAGAAGCUUGGUAUCACGUUUUUUGUUGUGCAUGGAAGAGAACCGUAUCAUGGAGAUUCUUGAUGUGGAAGUUAUAGUGCAAGGUAAAAAGGAAGAUAUUGUGGCAAUGGCUAGGCUUGCACAACGUUGUUUGAACUUCAACGGAAAGAAAAGGCCUACCAUGAAAGAAGUGGCCACAGAGUUGGAUGCCAUUAAAGCAUCUCAUUCUCAUCUCCCCUCGGCCAUGGAAACAUUGGAGAUUGAAUCAGAUUUCAUAGCUUAAUAAUUUUACUGUGUUAAUUUGUUGCGUCUACUUUUCUUCA